AAAGAUAACAAAAGAGCGAUCUAUAAAAGUAGGCUAUACUGUAUUGAAUAAUAGAUAUACUGGAACAUUAAUAUCUGCAGCAGCACUGCAUUUUUUGUGAUAGAAACAUUUAGAUCACAGAAUACAAACUAUGGAAGACUUCUGUAGCCUUUGCAAAUUUCGAAAUGCAGACACAAUGGCAAUUAAAUAUUGUAUAACAUGCCAGGAGCCACAAUGUAAAGCGUGUUAUAGUGUGCAUAAAAGUAGUAAAGCAACGCGGAAACAUCUAAUGGUUGACAUUUCAGACGUUAAUAAGAAUUCUAAAAUUGAUCAGGAUCUAGAAUCUUUACAGAAAUGUGCUGAACAUAAAAAGGAGCUAGAGUUCUAUUGCACAGAUCAUAAACACCUGUUGUGUAGCACGUGUUUGUUACAGACGAACGGGUUAGAAUGCAAAGCAAUUGUUGAAAUAUCAUCCGCCGGUGAACUUCUUGCCAAUAGCAUGUUUAAUAAUCAAAUUAAAACUGACUUAGAUAGUGUUCUCGUUCAUUGCAUUGAAGAAAACAGGAAAAUUCAGAGCUUGAUACAGUCUGGCAAAAAUGAACGUAUUGAUAUACAAAGGCAAUUUCAACAUAUUAAGCAGAAAGUUGCAAUGGUAUUAGAAAAGUAUGAGAUACGGGUUUUAGAGGAGGUAGACCACAAUAUCGAAACCCAGUUAAUGGAAUUAAAUCAGCAUCUAGCUACACUCAGUGAUACUUUAAAUACAGCAAAAGAUAAUAAAGCAAAGCUACAGACAGUGGUAGAAAAUGGUUCGAAAGCCGACAUAUUCCGCUGUACUUUGUCAAUCUCCGAACAACUUGACGAUCUACGGGUAUCUAACAUCGCUGACAAGGCAACCGUGUAUAAACAUUCGCUGAAAAUGUCAACAGCUUUAUCAUUUCUAGUGAGGGACACAUACCCUUUUCCUGUUGUUAAGUGUGAAACCAUCAAGUAUUCGAGAGAAUAUCCAAAGAGUUUAAACAUCAGUGAUAGGAAACAAAAGCUGUCGAAUAUCGUAGAACAAGUUAUGCUGAAAACAGAUAGAAACAAAUUACCUGAUUUUGUCCAUUGUGACGCUGACACAAAAGAAAGUGGUGAUGGAAUUAUCAAAGAUGGUGACACUGAGUUAAAAAGCGUUAUGUUUGAUGAACAAAGACAGGCAGAGGAUAAAACGGCUUUAGUGACCAAUGCACUGGAAACUGGUUGCAGUCAAACGAAUAUCAGAAUAGCUCACGUGUCAAAUAUUCGGAUAAACACAACUGAUGAUAGAUUACCGACGAUAGAUGGUGUUACAACAUUACACGACGGCCGACUAAUCUUAUCGGAUCAAAAUGCACCAAGACUGAUCAUCCUCAAAGAAAACUUCACCUACGAUCACGAGCUAGACUUUAAAGAACCUCCAGGGAACCUUACAGUUCUAACACCUGAAUCACUGGCUGUGUGUUUACCGACAGCGAAGACUGUUACGAUCAUAUCAACAGAUGCAUUCACCAGUUGGAAUUUAUGCUAUUGACAAAACACGACUAUUUGUUUCAUCGGUUAAUGACAAUAACUCCUGGUUUUUAAACGUUUUGACGCCUAAUGGAGCUGUUAUUGUGACUAUCAGAAAUAGGCAGCCAAUUUUAGACGCUAAACAUAUUUCAUCGCUUAUAAUUACGAACAAAUGCCGGUACUAUAUCUUCUGUUGUAAUGUAUCAGAAUUCGUAUACUGUAUCCAGGCUGACGGAAAAGAGAUAUUUCGAUACAAUGUCAAGUCACCAAACGGCUUAUACGUCGAUGAAGCAAACUAUAUUUAUGUCGUGGAUUCUUUGGGAACAUUGCAUUUACUUUCUGCGAAUGGUGAGUUACUUCAAAAGGUACCUAUCCCUGCAGGUGCCAGUGGUAUAACAUACUAUCCUGUAAUGAACAGGCUUGUCGUAACAAGACAAAAUGAAUCUGAAUUCAGUGUGUACAGUGUUAAACGUUAGAGUUACGUUAUGGAUUGAAUACCAUCUAAUGAAUUACAUAAACGUUAUGUGUUAUAUCGCUAUUAUAUUCCUUUGGUGUUGUUAGAUGUUGCAGAUGGUAUUUAUUGCUGUGUGUAAACGACGACUUCGGAUUUGAUUCAUUGCUCCGGAACCAUGAAAAAAUAUAAACAUAAUGUAAAAAUUGUAAAUAUUGACACCAUCCAAGAGCAAAGAAAUUAUUCAUCCAUAAAAUGAAAGUCUACAGCUAUAAUUGUUUUUGUGUUACUAGUAAAAUAUUUGAUGGGUUGAAACUGAAUUCAGCUCUGGUAUAUACACAUUUAUAAAGACUCGAUUUAUGCUUUCAUUGCUUUUUAAGCUUUAUUGGCGUUUCACAAUGCAUGUAAUAGCAAGUAAAGCCUAAAAUAAUAAGUGUUUGUUUACAAGCUAAAAGGUAAUUCAUUAAGUUCUUUCAAAGCCUACUUACAUCUGUCAACAACAACACUCUGCAACUGAUCCUGAUUGCUGCUCUUACCUCGUAAAUUUGAACUGCAUUUUGAACAGUCAUCUAGCUAGUGUUAUUUACAUUCUUUAUAUUAUUCAAGGGAGACAAAUGGCUUACCGAGUGACAGAGUAAAUCUGCUAUUUCAAAUGUAUUCAAAGACUCUGAUCACAACAUACAAUUUCAAAAUAAACAAUUACGCUUAACAAAUCUUUUAGUGCAACGCUUAAUUAUCUACCAAUAUUAUUUUGAUUACCCGUAUCUUGCGUACAUUAAGAAAAAUCUGUUGGUAAUAAUAUGUCAAAAUUACAGAAAAAUCAAUUCAUUUUUAAUAAGCAAACUGGAUUUAUUUCAAAAUGUAAUUUCACAUGAAAUUGUUAAAUUCUCAUGGCAUGCUGGUGGUAAUAGAAACUUUUAUAGUUGUAAAAUAUCUUUAUUUUACAAUUUUGAAUAUUUUCAAGGGCAAAUUUUAGAUAUUUUGAUGAAUAAAAUUUACAACAAAGAAUGCUUAUUGACUCCCUUUUCAUGAAUCAUUUGGAUUCAUAUUUCUUAUUUCUAAACAUAAUAGUUUUGCCAAUAAAAUGAAAAUAUUCCAAGAAACCUAGAAGAAAAAGUCUUCCACUA